GUGGCCGAUGGAAAACAGAAGAAGACCGAUGACCCAAGAACCCAGUAACUUCUUGUUCACAAAGUUUUCCACUGAUCUCUCUACAUUACUCUCUCUUUCUCUCUCCACAUGUUCUCUCUCAAGAGAGAUACAAACUCGAGCUUUGUGGGGUCAAAAGAAAGAAAUUCUCACAUGGAGGAAACAUGGAAGAAACCACUAUUUCUGACCAGGGAAAUAGAGAUCAUGGGUUUCUCUGUGAUUGUGCUAGUGGUUUUGAUCCUCUCCCUCUUCUACAUAAGAAAUGCUUCUGCAAUAUUUAACCAAAGCGAUGGAGGUUCCCAUCUCCAUGGCAUCGCUCUCCCGGAACAUUUCCAACAACCUUCUCUCACAGAGGACUGUGAACUCAAUCCUUCAGGAAAAGAGCUAGAGAAAGAAAAGAAGAAGAAUUCAGCAGCGGAUGAGGUAAGAAAGCCGACCUUAAAAGUUCAGCUCAAUCACAUAGAUAAAAAAGUUCAGAAAACCAGGACUCAAGCUCUACUAGAUUCAUGUUACAGAGACAUGACCAGAAUAGAGAAACUCCACAAAAAGACCAGUAUUCAACAGAGAGAAACAACCCAAAAUCCCAAAACCCAUUAUGAACCGACACCCCCAUCUUCUCUCUCUAGAAAACCACCAGGAACUGUUAUUGCCACACUUGAAUCUGGUGUGACCUUAGGAUCAGGGGAAUACUUCAUGGAUGUGUUCAUAGGGACACCCCCAAAACACUAUUCCCUAAUUUUAGACACUGGAAGUGACCUCAAUUGGCUGCAAUGCCUGCCAUGCCAUCACUGUUUUGAACAGCAUGGCCCAUUCUAUGACCCUCAUGCAUCAUCAUCAUACACACCCAUCUCUUGCCAUGACUCAAGGUGUAGCUUGGUCCAGCCCCCCGAACCCAUAAGACCAUGCAUGUCAAAUAACCAGACAUGUGAGUACUUCUACUGGUAUGGUGAUCAAUCAAAUACAACAGGGGACUUUGCCAUGGAAACCUUCACUCUAAACAUCACGUCCCCCAUUGAUCAUGAGGAAAACCCAUCUUUUUUUGGAGAGAGCCAAGCUCUUUCUGGUGAGAGAAACAUGAGUUCUAGAGAGAGGAACAAAUUUUCUGGGGAGAGGAGCCUGGAGGUGAAGGACAUCAUGUUUGGAUGUGGGCAUUGGAACAGGGGUCUCUUCCAUGGAGCCGCCGGCCUUCUCGGAUUAGGCCGAGGCCCUCUCUCCUUCUCUUCGCAAUUACAAUCAAAGUAUGGGAGCUCAUUCUCUUACUGUUUAGUCGAUCGCAAUAGUGAAUUCACAGUUACGAGCAAGCUAAUUUUCGGCGAAGAUCCCAACCUCCUAAAACACCCCAACGUGCAAUUCACUUCUCUGAUUGUCUCUGCGAAAAAUAGUACAUCAGAGACCUUCUACUACGUAGAGAUCGAUCGAGUGAAAAUCGGAGGGAAAUUCGUGGAAAUUCCUCCUGAAAGUUUCAAAAUCACAGCCGAGGGCACCGGAGGAACAAUUGUGGAUUCAGGCACAACACUCAGCUACUUUGCCAAGCCCGCAUAUAAGAAGAUCAAAGAUGCUUUUGAGAAGUGGAUUAAGUUUCCAAGAGUUGAGAAUUAUCCAGUGCUUGAUCCCUGUUAUAAUGUCUCUGGUUUAGAGAGAGUGGAGCUGCCUGUGUUUGAGAUUAUUUUCAGGGAUGGGGCAGUUUGGAGCUUUCCAGUGGAAAAUUACUUUAUUAGGUUUGAGCCUGAGGGGGUAGUUUGCUUGGCAAUACUUGAAACUCCAAGGUCAUACAUGUCAAUUUUGGGAAAUUAUCAGCAACAAAACUUUCAUGUUUUGUAUGAUGUGGGGGGUUCCCGCCUUGGGUUUGCGCCAAUGAAGUGUGCCGAGGUGUAAGAAAAUAGACGUUGGUUGUUGAGGUGGUAGAGAGAAUUGUAUAGAUUGUAUGCCUUUUUUUUUGUCCCCCCUCCCCUUUUUUUUAUAUUGUAAUAUCCUUAUUACUUUUUUGAA